CGCUGUAUUAUUUUCUAAUGGUGCAAUGAGUAUCCGGGUGGCUGGGGCAGCGUGGGUGUCCAAUGGGCAUGAGACAUUCUCCCUCAGAAUCUGCCCACGAAGUUAGCCGAGGAAAGCCGAAUUUCAAGAGCCGCCCUUUCAAAAAUCAGCAGUACAAACAUCUAGAACACUUUUCUUCAUUUUUCGAUGUAUACCUAAUAAAUACAUUGUGGCGACAGACAGGAAAAAGAAGACCACGAUAGGAUUCGUUAACGGUGUCUCUUUCGGCGCAGCCAGGGAGAAACAGGCGUGGGCUUUGUAAAUACAUGGGGUGCCUUCUCAGGCGCCGCGUGCACGUAUAUUCACAUGCGCCUGCGAACACAACUGGAUGCGCUCGAAGAUGGACAGGAACACGAAGAUUCUCCCGAUCGUGAAAGAACAUGGAGUGGAUUAACGUUGUAUUGUGUGUUAAAUAUGGUAAUAAAAAAACGAACGCAUGCGACAAAGGUUUGGGGCAGAUACGGACCGUAGGCUAUAUCCUUGCGUUUGUUGCUGCGCCUUUCUUUUGAUUAUUAUUCUGGGAUAGAUUACUUCUAUAAAAAUGUGGCCCAGGUGUAGGCAUUCGCUCCAAAGGAAGAACACUGAUAUGUAUCCACAUAUAAUCAGCCUUUUUUAAAUAUGUGAUUUUCUAUUAUGCUUUACUGGUUUAAUUUUUGGCUACUGUUGUUUCCACCGUUGGAUAGAAAGCUGAGAUAUAUGGGAAUUCCGAAGACAUGACAUGCACACGAAAGAAGAGGAAACGCAAUUUUUUGUUCAUUAAAACGAUUUUAUUUCGAGGCACUUAAAUGAAAAUAUCCGCAACGGACAUAAGUGUCAUUGCAAUAAAAUACCUUUCCCGUGGGGUUUGGUCCAUUUUAACGGAUUUUUCUGAGCAGCUUGAAUGAGACUAGAGACUUGUUCAUUGUAGCUGAUUCAGUUUAUCCCAUAUGUGUUUUUUUGUGUUUGAGUUUGCCUUAGAAAGGACGAUAUGGCGUGUUUAAGAUAUUUAAAUCACCAUAUACUUCUCUGUGGCUCUUCCCGUUGCCAAGAAUAAGACUUUUCAUGUAUACUCCUAUAUUAACUGCAACUAACCACUAAAAAGGCCUGGAUCUGAAUUUGAAGCCUUUUGUGUCGACCAGAGCACAAGAUAACCAGGCCCUGACUCAGAGAAAGCGGGGGUUGAUCAGGGGAACAUGGGGCGAUGCAGAAGGGCCUGCACUCCUUCGUUGUGAGCGGAAGAGGACAGGCAGCCACGAGGACGGAGGAGAGAGCAGCGGGAGGAGGAGGAGGAGGAGGAGGAGGCGAAGGGGAGGUGGCAGAGGCGGCUCGGAGGCGGGAGGACGGCGCUACGGAGACCGCGGGAUGGCCAACGGGAGUGAGAGCGGCGCGGGCGACGACCUCGGCAGCCCGCUGGCGGGCGGGGCCUCGGGCGGGGCGGCGGGCGGGGCGGCGUCCUCGGCCGCGCCCACCUACGCCAAGCUGGUCCUGCUGGGCCUGAUCAUCUGCGUGAGCCUGGCGGGGAACCUGCUGGUCUCCCUGCUGGUGCUGCGGGACCGCGCCCUGCACAAGGCCCCGUACUACUUCCUGCUGGACCUGUGCCUGGCCGACACCAUCCGCUCGGCCGUCUGCUUCCCCUUCGUCCUGGUGUCCAUCCGCAGCGGCUCGGCCUGGACCUACAGCGUGCUCAGCUGCAAGGUGGUGGCCUUCAUGGCCGUGCUCUUCUGCUUCCACGCCGCCUUCAUGCUCUUCUGCAUCAGCGUCACGCGCUACAUGGCCAUCGCCCACCACCGCUUCUACUCCAAGCGCAUGACCUUCUGGACCUGCGUGGCCGUGGUCUGCAUGGUGUGGACGCUGUCCGUCGCCAUGGCCUUCCCGCCCGUCUUUGACGUGGGCACCUACAAGUUCAUCCGGGAGGAGGACCAGUGCAUCUUCGAGCACCGCUACUUCAAGGCCAACGACACGCUGGGCUUCAUGCUGAUGCUGGCCGUGCUCAUCCUGGCCACCCACGUGGUCUACAUGAAGCUGCUGCUCUUCGAGUACAAGCACCGCAAGAUGAAGCCUGUGCAGAUGGUCCCGGCCAUCAGCCAGAACUGGACCUUCCACGGGCCCGGCGCCACGGGCCAGGCGGCGGCCAACUGGAUCGCGGGCUUCGGCCGGGGGCCUAUGCCCCCCACCCUGCUGGGGAUCCGGCAGAACCUGCACACCCAGAACCGGCGGCUGCUGGGGAUGGAGGAGUUCCGGGCGGAGAAGAGCCUGGGCCGGAUGUUCUACGUCAUCACGCUCUUCUUCCUGGUGCUCUGGUCGCCCUACAUCGUGGGCUGCUACUGGCGGGUGUUCGUCAAGGCCUGCACCAUCCCGCACCGCUACCUCUCCACCACCGUGUGGAUGAGCUUCGCCCAGGCCGGGGUCAACCCCAUCAUCUGCUUCGUCCUCAACAAGGACCUGAAGAAGGGGCUGAUGACGCACCUGCCCACCCGCUGCAGGACUAAACCGCGACUACCCAGAGAGCCUUACCGUGUCAUGUGACCAGGGAGGGGAGGGGCUUAGGUAGGUAGGUAGGUAGGUAGGGCUGUGGGUUCACAUUUUUUUCAUUUUUUUAUUUUUAUUUUUCUUUUUUUUUGGGGGGGGGGGGCAAACAGGUGGGUGGGGGUGGGCCUGUGGGUAUUGAGGGGCUGAGGGAUUGCCAUGUUGGAAGCAUUAUAGAAUUUGAUUCCGUUCAAAGUGGAAAGGGUUUAUGGGAAGGGCAGAAUUAAGGAAGCCAGCCUGUAUUGGCUGUUAUGAUGACAUACUCAUACUAUGUAAAAGGAAAGAAAAAUCCAGUUCUCUGCAUUUAAUGUCCCUUAUUCACUUUCAUUAGGUUCAGUUUGGCUGAGUAAAACACAUGUGGAGGAUCUGUCUUUCAGCCAAGGCCCAAAAGAUCAGCUGCAUCAAGGCUGUUAUCACACCACUGCUACCUGCUUCGGAAUUACCUGCCUAGGGUGGCGGUACAACUUAAAUACUACCAAAUCCCUUAAAAGAUUUUCUGUCUGAGAACCAGAUGUUUCACCUAUAUUUAUAUGGCAAAGAAUUGAUUUGAAGUAUUUAUCAUAAGGAAAGCAAACGGGGACCAAAAUAGAGAAUGGAAAUACGAAACAAAAUGCUGAAUUACUCAAACAGAAUAAAACCAAAGCCCUUAUGAAAUCAUAAUAAGAAGGCCUUCUGUUUUAGGGAAAGAAUGGUUUAGAGUAAACCUUUAAGUGGCUGAAUUUGCACUUGUGUUUGCACUCUAAAUCACUCUGGAUAAGCGUGUUUGAUUAAUGCCAGGAAAGUAGAGUCAAUGCAACCUGACACUGUACCCCUGAACAUGUACAGCUCUGAGACUGUACCCCUAAACACAUACAGCUCUGAGGCUGUACCCCUAAACACAUACAGAUUUGAGGCUGUACCCCUAAACACAUACAGCUCUGAGACUGUACCCCUAAACACAAACAGAUCUGAGGCUGUACCCCUAAACACAUACAGAUCUGAGGCUGUACCCCUAAACACAUACAGCUCUGAGGCUGUACCCCUAAACACAUACAGCUCUGAGACUGUACCCCUAAACACAUACAGCUCUGAGGCUGUACCCCUAAACACAAACAGAUCUGAGGCUGCACCCUUAAACACAUACAGAUCUGAGGCUGUACCCCUAAACACAUACAGCUCUGAGACUGUACCCCUAAACACAAACAGAUCUGAGGCUGUACCCUAAACACAUACAGAUCUGAGGCUGUACCCCUAAACACAUAUAGCUCUGAGGCUGUACCCCUACACACAUAUAGCUCUGAGGCUGUACCCCUAAACACAUACAGAUCUGAGGCUGUACCCCUAAACACAAACAGAUCUGAGGCUGUACCCCUAAACACAUACUGAUCUGAGGCUGUACCCCUUAUCACAAACAGAUCUGAGGCUGUACCCCUAAACACAUACAGCUCUGAGGCUGUACCCCUAAACACAUACAGAUCUGAGGCUGUACCCCUAAACACAAACAGAUCUGAGGCUGUACCCCUAAACACAUACAGAUCUGAGGCUGUAUGCCUGAACACAUACAGAUCUGAGGCUGUACCCCUAAACACAAACAGCUCUGAGGCUGUACCCCUAAACACAAACAGAUCUGAGGCUGUACCCCUAAACACAUACAGAUCUGAGGCUGUACCCCUAAACACAAACAGCUCUGAGGCUGUACCCCUAAACACAUACAGAUCUGAGGCUGUACCCCUAAACACAUGCAGAUCUGAGGCUGUACCCCUAAACACAUUAACACAUAUUACUGAUGCUCAAAAUUCAAAACUGAGAAAAACUCACAUCAUUGAUUCCUUCUCAAAAGGUGAGAAAGUUCAAACCCCCUUUGCCAGCUAAAGAUAUUUCUGACGUUAUAAUCAAUGUUGGGGACGGAAUGAAGGGGAGAGGAGUCAGAGAUGGUGGAGCUGCAAUCUUAUAAAAUGCCUUCAAAAGACAGGAGCAGCUCAAAAGCUUUAAAGAUUGGAACAUGAGGAGGUCACACAGCUCUGGAUCUAAAGCAGAAAUACUUCCUCACUGAUUACUAAAAUAUGCAGUUUAUAGAGGGACUUGUAAGUCUGGAAUAAAUUGCAAAGUGUUUUUUUUAUUUAUAGAAAGGACUAAAUUUGAGCAAAGGGGUGUGGGGUGGGGGGGUGCUUUCUUGAAGGUAAGGAAGAGAUAAUGUCUGUAAAGGGUUUCUGUGUGUCCUUAGGUAAGAUUUUAAAAUGAGGUAUUUCGAUACUUGAAUAUUAACUCAAAACCAUCUGAGCGCAGUCUAGUGAGCUGUCCACUAAAACACUGUUGAAAAAAGAGUAAAAUAUUAUUCCCAGGAAGGAAUAAGCACGAUCAAUUAGUAAAAUGUAAGUAAAGGAGACAAAAGCCAGGAUUUUGCCUCAUUGUAUUUUGCACACAACAUGAUUGAUGACCAAUUGUUUUUUGCAGUAACAUUUCGAUUAUACUCCAACUAAUGAACUGUGACCACAGAUAUUCUACAUGCAAACCAGAUAGUCAGCUCCUGUAAUACGCUUUGAGACUUUCUGUCUUCAGCUACACUCCUUCAUGAAUAUUAAUAACAAGCCAGAAAAUAAUAAAAUUUGACUUACCAAUUGUCUUACACAGCUUAUAUUAUUUCAUAUGCAAUCCACUGAAACAAUUCAGGCUAAGUACCUUUGCCAGGGUGCAGUAGUAAUGCAUUUUCACCACACUACCACCACAAACAACAACUGACAGAACUUUGAACGAGACAGCUUUGUGCAGACCAAUGGAGCUGUCAAUCUGGUUAGUUAGAACAAUCUGAGAGGUUCCCACCUGCAAGUCGUGGUGUGAAGAUUGUUAGGCUCAGUGUUGAAUGUUCCGGAGCAGAAGUCUGGCAUUCUCCACAGUCCGAUUUCCCUCCUUUGCUAAUUUUUCUGCUCAUUUAUGUAAAAAAAAAAAACAAAAAAAAAACAAAGCAAACAAUAACAAACACAAAAACACCAGUUGAGUUCUGUGCUGUGGCCUUACGCCCUUAUAUUGCCAAAGGGGAGAUGGUAUUUACACACAGCAGCUCCUGACAUUUUUCCAACUGUACCUUAUGUCUGUGUGUUACCUGCAACAUGAUUUCAACAGGAUGGAUAAUAUAUGAAUGACUCAGAAGUGUAUGUUUUUUUUUAAAAUCUUUUGAGUUUUGGGCUGUUGGUUAAAAGAAGAAUCCACCAUAAGUCUGAAUGUAUCCACCGACAAAAUUAAUUUUCCACGUGUUGACACAGGAGCUUGCAGCUCUGUCUGUGGAGAGGAAGAGACUAGGAGGAACACAGAACUGAGGUCCGUGUGGAUUUAAUGGAGGGAAUUUCCCAAAAUCUGGUGGAUUUUUAAAAAUUGUUGACAUUUUUAUGUUUUUCUUUCCCAUUGGGGAGGGGGGCCAAAGUGAAAGGUUGGAAAGGGGGAGGGGAGUUGUUAUUGGGUGGGAUGGGGGAGGUGAGGAGGGGUAUGGGUGUGCUUUUAAUACAAAAAAAAAAAAAUGCCUGGUUGAACAUUUUUGUAAACUUAAAAAAGUAAUCAGGCAAAAUAUCUUUUGUAAAUUAACUGUGAUUCUGAUACCAUUUAAUGUGUAUUAUACAGACUAUGAAGUCAUUUCAAAAACUGUAAAAAAAAAAGAAAAGAAGAAAAAAAAAAAGGUUCUGAUAAAUACUUUUUUCCACGCAUGUGAAUGUGUGUGUACGUGUGUGGGUGUGUGUGCGUGGGCUUGUGUGUUAGACAAUUGAUUGGCUUGAGAAAUACGUUUGGGAUAAACCAAAGGACAUUUGAAAAUACGAUGCAAAACCACAAGCCACAAACAAUAUGAAACAGAAGGGGGGGGGGGGGGGGGUUGGCAGUUUGGGAGAUGGAAAAUUGUCACUCUUUUGAGCGCUCAUUUCUCAAUUUUUCAUUUUAUUUUUUGUUUUAGUCUGUUUCAGUGGCAGACUUUGCUGAUCUGACACAGUGAACACUACCAGCAUGUAGCUGCAGGUUCAUUUUGCAGGUGGCAGACAGCAUUUACACUUUGGGUUCUAUCACAUCAGCUGACAUUCAGAGAGAAACCCAAUCAUUCACCAGAUACCACGACAGUAUCAGAACUAUUUACAUUCUAUAGUCCUUGAAUUCUGUCCUUUUUUUAACAAAUCUCAUACAUUAGCAAUUGGAGCUUAUUCAGUUUCCUUU